AUGGAGGUGAGGGAAGAGGUGGUGGAUGUGGUGGCGAGAGAGAUGAUGGAUGUGGAGGUGGCGGGGGCUGGCUGUGGCGGUGGCUGCAGUGGCUGUUGUGGAGGUGGUGGUGUUGGUGGUAGUGUUGUUUCGGUGCUGGUCAUGUCUAUUGUUGUCUUUGUUUGUGCAUAUGGCGUUUCAACCAAUAAAAGAUCUCAUAGCGGUGCUGAUGGUGUUUCAACCAAAAAAAGGUCUCAUAGUGCUGCGGCUGGUGCUGCCUCCAGUGCUGCCGCCGCUACUAUUAUUAUAGGGGGUGCUUAUGGAGGAGGAGGAGGUGGUGGAUAUGGUGGCGGCGGAGGUGGUGGUGGUGGUGGUGUUGGUUGUUGA